AUGCAGGUCCCCUUAAUUCGUCUCCAAUGCGGCUGCAAUAGCUAUGACUGGGGCAAAAAAGGAAAGGACUCGGCUGCCGCCAAAUAUGCUGCGGCAACUCCCUCGGACAACUUCACCAUCCAAGAAGACAAGCCAUAUGCCGAACUAUGGAUGGGCACACACCCUUCUCUACCGUCCAAAGACCUCGUCACCGGGAGAUCUCUGCUCGAUCUUGUCUCCGAUAACCAAGCAUUGAUGGGCAGCGACAUCACCGAGAAAUACAACAAGAAGCUUCCGUUUCUCUUCAAAGUCUUGUCCAUCAACAAGGCAUUGUCCAUUCAAGCCCAUCCUAACAAGAAGCUUGCCGAGAAGCUUCACGCCAAAGAUCCAAAGAACUAUCCAGACGACAACCACAAACCCGAGAUGACACUCGCCAUCACCCCAUUUGAAGGCCUUUGUGGAUUCCGGCCCCUUAAAGAAAUUGCCCACUUCCUCGCAACCAUUCCACCCCUGCGCGAACUGGUCGGCGAGAGCGAGGCCAAAGCUCUUGAAGAAAUCGCGAAUUCUCCCUCGCCAUCCCUAGCCGAUGCCAAAUUGCGCCUCAAGGCAGCUUUCAGCUCGCUGAUGAAGUCCUCCAAGGUAGAUGUUGCCGCAAAAUCUCACGACCUCCUGGAUCUCGCUAAAAAGGGCUCCAUUUCUCCCGGUCCCAGUGUCAACACCUCCGAAGAGCUCUGCGAACUCGUGCAGCGGUGCAACAGCCAGUUCCCAGAAGACAUCGGCCUCUUCGUGCUAUUCUUCCUCAACUACGUCAAACUCAACCCGGGACAAGCCAUGUACUUGAAGGCAGACGACAUCCAUGCUUACAUCUCCGGCGACAUCAUCGAAUGCAUGGCGAGCAGCGACAAUGUGAUCCGCGCCGGCUUCACUCCCAAAUUCCAAGACGUCGACACCUUGACCGACAUCUUGACCUACGACCACAAUCCACCUGAGCAACAACUCCUCCAGCCCGUUGAUUACCCUUACGUCACGCUCAACGACAGAGCUUACAGCUCCGGUAGUGACUCCUUGCUUUACGAUCCUCCAAUUGAGGAAUUCAGCGUCGUGCGCACCGCGCUCAAGAAGCCCGGCGCAAAGGCUACCUUUGAGGGCAUCGCGGGCCCGAGCAUCAUCAUUUGUACGAGCGGCGAGGGCAAGAUCAGCGUCGGCCCCAAGACGGAGGAUUUCAAGGAAGGUUGGGUGUACUUUGUGGGCGCGACCGCCGAGUUGGUCAUUGAAAGCGCGGCCGACGAGAUGGUCACGUUCAGAGCGUUCUGCGAGAUCGACGAAAAGGCGACGCAGCAGAACGGGGCUCAUUGA